AUGUUUCCGUUUUCUCUCCUUAUCUCGCUCUGGAGAUCGAUACUGUCGUUAAUUGGCGCCGGAGAGUCUGGUUCCUCUGCGAGAGACAAUGGCCGGAACGUCAAAUGGCUGGAUGGUCUACGUGGAAUCGCAUCGUUUCUGGUAAUCCUCACUCACUUGGCGCGAGCAUGGGAUUAUAAUCUCUUCAGCGCCGGGCCCGCCGAAGGAACACCUCGAAUACUGCAGCGGCCCGUCCUUCGAAUCCCAUGGCAGGGCCGUAUCGGCGUUACAAUAUUCGCCUUUUUGACCGGUUAUGUCUGCGCGCUGAAACCAUUGAGGCUGUCAGGUUCUGGAAACUAUAAUGCUUCAUUCACUUCUAUCGCAAAAAGCGCAUUUCGUCGUCCUCCACGAUUGAUUCUUCCCGCCACAAUCGCACUGGCAUGUGCUUGGACGGUCGCGCAAUUCGGCGCCUUCAAGGUGGCCACAAGAUCUGACGUGGAAUGGUUCAGGGCAGCGAGCGUCAAAGUCGACCCUUCAUGGCUCAAGGAAAUCAGCCGACUAUUCUUCACCAUCCUGUCAACAUGGACCAAUGGGCGAAACGACUACGACGACCACCAGUGGGCGUUACUACCGUUACUAAAGGCGUCAAUGCUGGUCUACGUCCUCCUUGUAGCGACGAUGUACGUCAAGUACCCAUAUCGAUUGGCAGUUUACUCUGGAAUGAUUCUGUACUUCCACCAAAACAAUGCUGCCAAUACAGAAACAUUUGGGCAACAAGCAUGUUAUGGCAUGUUGCUCUCUGACAUCGCAAGUAACCACCCAGAACAGUCCUAUCUCUCCUCGCGUCGCUGGCUUCGUCGCGCCCUUUGCGCCACCGCGAUAUUCUUCGGAUUAUGGGCUGCCUCUUACCCCGAACACGACCCCGAACGAUGUGGCUGGUCCAAUAUCCUCCUCGAAGGUUCAAAAUACAUGUUCCCGCCGGGCGUAAAUCUCGGUAAACGAUUUACCGCCCUCGGCGUCGACCUCAUCAUACUUGGAAUAUUCCUCUCUCCCACCAUCAAAAACAUCCUUUCAAACCGCUUCUUCCUUUGGUUCGGUCGAAAUAGUUUUGCCGUCUACCUUACCCAUGGUACCCUGUUGAAGACCGUACUUACCUGGAUGGUAUACGGUAACAUCACGGGAGAACCAUGGGUUGUCACGAAGAACGACAAGGGAGAAGACGUAUUCCCAUAUUUCCCUCGUGGGUCACUCGGGCUUGAAAGUCUUGCGUUUGAGUCUGAUAGCGAGAAGACGCAACUCCCAAGAUAA